AUGGCAACCCUUCCUACCAUUCAACGACAAGAUUCAGCCAUAUGUAUGCCGGCCGUGGACGGACGAAAGCCAACAUCGUUCACCUCACUCCCAGCAGAGCUCCGAAUCCACAUCCUGGAGCACGUCUUCACGGACAGCCAUGCACAAGACGGCUUCUUGAACCAUGGCGAUUCUAGCGGCAUACACCUGGGCGAAGACUACACCGCCGCCGCCGCCAAGCUCAACGUGCUUCUGACAUGCCAGCAAUCCUACCAUGAUGGCUGCUUGCUGGCGUUCAAUCGGACAAACUUCGUGGUCUCAAAUAUGUUCUUUGACAUACCUGCAAGGCUAUCUGUAUUGCAUCCGAAACAGAUUGAGGCUAUCCGGUCCCUUGCUUUCGUUGCCGACAACAGACACUUCAAGAAGCUCCUCGGAUGGGGUGAACAUCCGUUCGGAAUGUCCUCGCUUCAGCUUAAUACUCUGACCAUCGUGUUACAUCGUUCAAGUCGCUGGCACUACCUCUUCGACUUCACCGCCGAUAUCGUCAAGUUGCUCCGCCAGCUGGAGGGCGUCAAGCGCUUCGUCAUAGUCCGUAACGCGGCUCUUGUUAAAGGCAGCCUGAAGACGUGGUACAACCGUCUGGUAGCUCUCAUUCUCAAGAUCGACCAUCAAGAACGAUACGACAAGAAACCAGCAAACCCGGAGAAGACAUGGUGGUCGUGGAGUUUUGAUGAAGUCGCUCAGAGCAUCAUCUUGGAAGCACGCCCGUCAAAGCCGACCAUCGAUGAGGAGUCGUACAUGCAGCAAGUACUACCUCUGAUGGAGGACUUGAAGUCGAGUAUUGAAAGCGAAGAGUGGAACCCUGAUCCGCGAAGCAGGUAUAUGUACUACUGA